CAUCUGUUUACCCACUAUAGCUUGCAUGCUCAUGCUCAACUGCGCGUAAAUUUCAAGUAUGACCACCAGAUGGCGUGACUAUGUCCGUAAGCUGAUCCGAUUUGUAACAAUGGGUAUCUGGUGAGAGCUCUGGAGGUAGCACGGAUCUGCACGGACAAUGAGGACUUUUCACGGUUCUCAUUUGGAUCAUGCGUGGGGGAGGCGGCUGCUGAUCUCUGCUCGCGCAAGAUCAAGCCACCUGCAAUUGGCCAAUCGCCGGUUUCCUCGGGGAUCCUUUAGCUCUGGGAGAAAUCGAGGGCGAGGCAAAACCGGUACAAGAUCCUUAACCACGCCCACCUUCCUGUUCCUGGGCGGCUUGCUUAUUUACACCUUUUACCCAGGCGACGAACUUCGCCAAGCCAGGCACGUUGGGGAGGCGAGGCAGCGAGUGAGGGACAGCGCCGCAUCUUCACACAAUGAGGGGCAGAAUGCGAAUCAGGCCACAGCCUGGGGCUCAUUCACGAAGCGCUUUGAAGACUUUUCUAACGCCACUGAUAUCGAGUGGUCAUCGUUGUCCGACAAGAUCGUCGACUUCAUAUUACCCGAGUGGUCUAGGGCAAUCCCACGACAGACCCGGAAGCUUCAGAGGGAAUUGUCUAUGUCCAAUGGGUCGCUGGCCGAUGAUAUAUGGAAGGAAGCACAUGACCCCUCUGUGAACCCGGAAAUCCAGUACUCGGCCACCGUGCGUAUAUCGGAUGACCUGUGCGAAGAGGAGAAAGAGUUUCUUUCGCGCCGAAAGAAGGUUGCCGUGGCGGCUCUGGCGCGCUAUCUUGAUCUAAACGAGGAUGAUAUUAAUCCUGCGGACGUACCGACCAUUGCGAUGUGUGGCUCUGGGGGUGGCCUGCGCGCCCUUGUUGCAGGCACGGGCUCGAUGUUAGCAUCUCAAGAAGAUGGGCUUUUCGACUGUGUCACCUACACUUCUGGCGUCAGUGGAUCUUGCUGGCUACAGUCCCUCUACCAUUCAUCGAUUACGGAGAAUCGCUUAGAGCGUAUCGUGGACCAUCUGAAAGCAAGAUUGGGCGUUCACAUCGCAUUCCCUCCGGCCGCAUUUGCCUCGGUCACAUCAUCUCCCACAAACAAAUUACUCCUAAGUAGUAUGGUCGAGAAGCUCCGAGGUGAUCCCAACGCCGAUUUCGGUUUAGUAGAUAUAUACGGCAUUCUGUUAAGCGCGAGGUUACUUGUGCCUAGAGGUGAACUUGGCGUGAAUUCCAAGGAUUUCAAGCUCUCCAACCAGCGAGAAUACAUCAAGUAUGGCCAGAACCCGCUGCCGAUAUAUACGGCGGUCAGACACGAAAUACCCGAUAUAGACGGAGCCGUCAUGGAUUCGAAGAGUACGCCUUCCGAGGAGGCGAAAGAGAUUGCCAAACAGGAGGGGUGGUUUCAAUGGUUUGAGAUUACACCAUAUGAGUUUUUUUGCGAGGAAUUUAACGCAGGCAUCCCAACAUGGGCAAUGGGACGACGAUUCAACAACGGUAGAGAUGUGCCGCCAGAAAGUGGCGUACACCUACCCGAGAUAAAAAUGCCCAUACUUCUAGGAAUUUUUGGGUCUGCCUUCUGCGCUACUCUAAGUCACUACUAUCGUGAAGUCCGGCCCCUAGUAAGAAACCUCACUGGUUUUGGGACAAUCGACGAAAUGAUUCAUGGGUAUAGCGAAGACCUAGAGAAAGUCCAUCCUUUUGAACCCGCAUCCAUUCCCAACUUCGCCUACGCAAUGGACUCAAACAAACUACGGUUCACUACACCUACAAAUGUACACCAGAAAGAAUACAUACAACUUAUGGAUGCCGGCAUGUCUAACAACUUACCUAUCUACCCCUUACUUCGACCGGGCCGUGAUAUCGAUAUCAUCGUAGCCUUUGAUGCAUCUGCAGAUACCAAAACGGACAACUGGCUCUCCGUAGCAGAUGGUUACGCCCGCCAACGCGGCAUCAAAGGUUGGCCAGUGGGUGUAGGCUGGCCCAAAGCCACAGACUCUGCCGAGGCAAUCGGGAAACAACUCGAUAGCGCCCAAGCCGACACAGCAGCUGAUGCAGACGCAAAGCUAGCCCUAGCACAAAAAGAUCAAGCAGCUCACUAUACCAACUCAACCUCGAAUUCUUCCAAUUCAGAGAAUCAUGCCGCUAAAGCACAACACGAACAAUCGCACCCGGAAGAUUCCGAACUAGGAUACUGCACGGUUUGGGUCGGCACAACAGAAGAGCGAUCCUCAGAACCCCCGCCUCCCUCCAAGGCCUUAACAAACGACACAGCCUGGAAGCUCAUGGAGCCGCACGCCGGGCUCGCAGUCGUGUACCUCCCGUUCCUCGCCAACCCGGACAAAGUGCAGGGCGUCGACCCCGCGCGGAGCGAUUACAUGAGCACGUGGAACUUCGUGUACACGCCUGACCAGAUCGACAAGGUCGUCGCGCUCGCGCGCGCAAAUUACGCCGAAGGAAAAGAUCAGAUCCGCCGGUGCGUGCGCGCUGUCUACGAGCGCAAGAAGAAGAUGAGGGAAAGGGCUGAGGAUGAGGCCCGUGGCGAGAGGCUUAGAGAGCGCAUGAGGCGCGGGACUGUGGGGAAGCUGGGUGAGGGAGAUCAUUUUAGUUGAGAGAUGCGGCUCAUGGGCUUGGUGAAUGUGCACCUAUGAAAUUUCCGGCUAUUAGAGUUAAGAGCGUUGUGGUAUGAUGAUGGGUAUUUGGUAUAUAAUAUAUCUCAAGCGGAGGGCUUUAGAAUAGACAACCUUUGGCCCUUUGGCUAGGGCAGCGAUGGAUAGAUAACCCAUGAUACAAUACUUUUUGUAUGUAUAGCUGUGUUGUAUACUUUUGAAUAGUAAGUAGUAAGAGAAGUGAAACAGUUGUAUAAAAAUCGAUUGCGCGCCA